UGGCACCAAGGUCGUCCCAGAAGUCUCUGUCCCAGACGCAUAACUCGCAAAAGAAGUCAAAAGCGUCUGCUCGCAAGCCAAAGACGGUUAACCUCGAUGGAAAUGGCUCUUCGUCUUCAGCACCCACGAAAUCGAAGAAGUUCAACCCGCUUACUGCUGUCUCGACGCAGCUAACUCCUUUGUCGACGACAUCCUCAAAUUCGAGCUCCAGGAACUCUACGCCCCCUUCCCAGAACAGUAAAGGAAAAGAAAAGGCUAAAGAGGCUAGCAAAAUUGGAUUAACGAACGACAAUGGUGCCUCAUUAUGGGUGGACAAGUAUGAGCCCAGGACGGAGGCCGAACUCGCUGUGCAUAUUCGGAAAGUAAAUGAUGUGAGAACGUGGUUAAACGAAGCCUUCGGAGGAGGACCAUCCGGAAGACUAAGCAAAUAUCGGGGAAUCCUCACUUUGACUGGACCCGCUGGUACAGGAAAGACAUCUACAAUUCGGGUGCUUGCUAGGGAAAUGGAGUUUGACAUUCUGGAGUGGCGAAAUUCGAUUGGGAAUACAACCACUCCAUCUUUCGAUGAUCGCAGUACAUCCAGCUGGAGUGAGCAAGACUUUAACAUGGACUAUGAAAGCCUCUUUGCAAAAUUUGAAGCGUUCUUGACGCGUGCUUCCUGCUGUUCGAACGUUUUUGCAAGCUCCUCAAAUGACGCAGUCGGAAUAAGCAAACGACGCAUCAUCCUUCUCGAAGACCUACCCAAUAUACUACAUCAGAAGACGCAGAUACAACUUCAUGAAGCACUCAAUGCCCUUGUAGCCUCCCCAUCGUCCAACCCACCUGUUCCGGUGGUCGUUGUGAUUAGUGAUGCCGGGAUGAGAGGCGAAACAGGAGACCAACGAUUAGCAGAUGGUCGUGGUUGGGGAAGAGAGAAGAACCAAGUCGUCGAUAUUCGUGCUGUUCUACCAAAAGAUCUCUUGGGUGGGCCGUAUGUCACCGAGAUCGGGUUCAACCCUAUAGCGCCCACACUGCUCCGUAAAGCUCUUCAAGCAAUGCUCAGUAUCCAUUUUGCAUCCAAUUCAGCCGCGAACUCAACUUCACCGUCGAAAGAGGUACUCGAAGCCAUCAUCGAGUCGGCCAACGGUGAUAUCAGAAGUGCAAUUAUGGCUUUACAAUUCGCCUGCAUCAUGGAAAUGCCGGGAAAGAAAAAGAAAGGCAAGACUAUGGUUAUGGAAGCAAUAACAAGAAGGGAGCAGACCCUUGCUUUGUUCCAUCUCCUGGGCAAGGUGCUGUAUAACAAACGCAAAGGCGAUCCUCCAAACCCUUCAGCUACGGCCAAGGAUCUCCAGAAAGAGCGAGACCUCGAUGUAUCACUAAAGGACCUUCCCAAACUCCCUCCCCAUUUGGUCGAGCACGAAAGGCGGACGAGUAGGGUCGACAUCAAUGUGCUCUAUUCGGACUCUCCGAUUGACUCGUCGCUUUUCUCCCUUUACAUCCAUCAGAAUUAUACUCAGUUUUGCAAUGAAGUCGACGAAGUGGGCGAUAUAUCCGACUGGCUGAGCUGGGUGGAUUCCAGCGGUGGAGAAGCAGGGUAUCAAGCAAACCCCCAUCAAUUCCACUUGUUGGCACUAGGCACGCUGCAUUCUUUGCCUUCUCCAGUCGCUCGCCGGUCCCAGAAAUAUUUCAAGCCCGAGUUCUUUGGCUAUCUACAAAAGGAGAAAGACGCCUGGGAAGGCGUGCGUGUGACGAGGGAUUGGGUGAUGGAAAAUGAGCUCAGCGGGGUCGAUUCGGGAUGGAGAGCAGGUGGCUGGAGUAAGAAUGAAAUUCUCCUGGAGCUUGGAGGCGUCCUGGAAGCUCAAGACAUGCUAUCAAUCAGAUCAAGACAAUCAGGUCAAACGCAGCGUCCGAGGCCACCACCUAUACACAGAACAUUUUCCAGAAUGGAACUUAUUCGUGGUUGCCCGUCCGGAUUUAACUCCAGACAGCUCAACGAGGGCGACGUUGGGGAUGAUGGACUAGGAGAUCCAGACAUUCUGGAGAGUGAUGGUGCAGACCUGGAUGUGUUUUCUCCGAAAGCAGCAAACGAAAAGGAGCAAACAGGUGGCUGGCUGGAUUCUGAUGACAUCGAGGACUUUGAUUGAG